CAGCACAGCGGCGUUGGCUUCACUUCCAUUUAUAUUGCCGACGCUUUCAGCUAUUCCGUCGCUUCGUUUACAUUCUAAACGCUACCGUCUACGUAUCCGUCACCGCGACUCAACUGCAUUUGCCAAAUCCAAAACAGCCGCGCAACUGUUAGCGGCGCGUUUGUUGUGUUGUGCUAAGCUGUGUCGCGCUCGCCAUUGACUAAGGCAAUGCACAGGCUGGGACGGGCGGGCGCCACCUGACGUUUCGCCAACAGUCGCCGUUUGGCAUCUUCAUUCAUUGGUCAGCAAGACAAUGAAGCGGUUGUCGUGUUAACGGAUUUUCGAGUUUUCACCGGCGCCACAUACGCACUGUAAAUUCGUAAGCGGAGCGUGUUGCACGCGUACGUUGAAGUUCAUACGCGAAACGGCUGGUUCAGAGAUAUCUAACAAAAAAAAAAAUAAAUAAAAAAAUACAAGUUGUUGAAGUUCGAUGUUAAACAGAAAUUUGAGUUUAUAAAAUUUAACGGGAGCGAAAAGAAAUUUGCGAAAGUGUGGGUCUUCAACUUAGGCGGAAACCAAAUGAAUAUCAAAAAUUGAAAAUAAACACAAAUAUAAAAACUUAUAAUAAAUACACACAGAUGUUCAAAAUGAUAAUAAAAAAUGUAAUGCUUGGUGCUUUCGUUUUUGGAAUUUAUGCUUAAUACAACCAAACAUUUUCUAAACUUUAUUUAUCACUAAAAAAUAAAAAUUAAAAUUUUAUGUUCUUCAAAAAGUUUCAAAAUUUCUUUACAAACGAAUUAUUGAAGAGUGAAAAUUGCUAUCAAAUCGUCAGCAAUACGAGAAAAUGCUUUUGAGCAACAUACCAACUCAGUUACAACAACAACAACAAACAGCAUCAGCAACAUCGCCACAAAGCCAACUUCAGCAGGAGAAGCAGCAGCACCAGCAACUGCAACAUAGUCAACAGGAAAUACAAAUUUUCAACAAUAACAAUAACAACCACUGCUACAACUAUAACGAUAAGAAAAAUCUGAAUUAUCCACCCGCCAACGUGACUCAGCAGCUCCCGACAUCCGCGACAACAACAGAAACGCCCACCACCGCCGCCGUCGCUGUGGCCGCAGCCGCUGCAGCCGCCACUUUGUUGCUUAAACAAACUCGCGUAGCAACAAGAACAACUACAAAUACCAACAACAGUAAUUCCUGUGUUAGCGCCACGGAUUUCUCAAUUGCUGCGAUAAUGGCGCGAGGCGCAAAUGCCUCGAGCCGCGAACCAUCCGAAAGGAGUUUGAGCCCCGUUUCCGUGGAACGUUACCCCGACCCGGAUGAUGAUGUCGAUGUGGAUGUGGUCGAUUGCAGCGACUCCGAAUCGACCUCGGCGCGUCCAAUGCGUGCCCAUCACCGGCACCAACUGCAACAGCAACAACAGUCACAGAUGCACCAAAAACUUCAUAAGCAUCACCACCACAGCCAUCAGCAUCACAGUACCAGCAAUAAUAUCAACUCCAAUGGUGGCAAUGGUAGUGGCGCUGGUGAUCAGCAGCACAUGAGCCGCAGCAGCAGUCGAGGGCGCACUUCACCACGCAGCCCCAACAGCCCCACAGCCCAUGAUGAGGAUCGCCUGUCGCCAGAGCCAGCGCAGGUAAAACGCAAACAGUCAGCGCCGAAAAUUGUUGGCUCGUGUAAUUGUGAUGAGUUGCUGCCGGUGCAGUGUCACCUGGAGACGAAAGAGUUGUGGGAUAAAUUCCAUGAAUUAGGCACCGAGAUGAUCAUAACGAAGACGGGGAGACGCAUGUUCCCCACCGUACGUGUCAGCUUCUCAGGUCCACUGCGCCAAAUCCAACCACCUGAUCGUUAUGCUGUGGUGCUGGACGUCGUGCCUAUGGAUUCACGGCGUUAUCGUUACGCUUACCAUCGCUCAUCGUGGCUGGUUGCAGGCAAAGCGGAUCCACCGCCUCCAGCGCGACUUUAUCCGCAUCCAGAUUGCCCUAUAAGUGUGGAGGCGCUAAGGAAGCAAGUGGUCUCUUUUGAGAAGGUGAAACUGACAAAUAAUGAAAUGGAUAAAAAUGGACAGAUCGUUCUUAACUCCAUGCACCGUUAUCAACCACGCAUACAUUUGGUGCGACUCGCUCAUGGCCAGAAUAUACCAACAAAUCCGAAGGAGCUGCAGUAUCUGGAUCACAAAACUUUCGUUUUUCCCGAAACUGUAUUUACUGCAGUUACGGCGUAUCAAAAUCAAUUAAUCACGAAACUGAAAAUCGAUUCGAACCCAUUCGCAAAAGGAUUCCGUGACUCAUCACGCCUGACUGAUUUUGAUAGGGACCCCAUGGACUCAUUUCUACUCGAGCAACACCUUCGCUCACCGUUGCGCUUCUUUCCCGAUCCGCUCAUGGCUCAACUCUCGCCACAAGAGGCCGACGCCGCAUCGCUGGCGUUUCUCGAGAAAGCCCGUCAGCAUCUACAACUGUUCGGUCGCUCGCCAUACACGGAAAUGCUACUGCCGCAACUCUAUCAACGCCCGCCCGUACUGAACGCCUUCAAUAUUGGCAUGUGGCAGCAACAGUGGCCCCAACUUACCGCCGGUUUCAUAGCAAGCGCCAAUCAACAGGCAGCAGCCGCACAAGCUGCCGCCGCCGCUGCUGUAGCGGCAAAUGCGUGCCGCACACCGCCGCCACCGCCACUAUCGACCAUAAUGGUUGGCGUGCCACAGCCUCCACCAGCUACCACGCCAUCUUCUUCUGGUUCGGCCUCACCUGAUAUGCGUAUACGACACUUUCAGCGCUACAGUCCGUAUCAGGUGCCGCAGCAGCAGCAGCAGCAACCGCCACCACUAGCGCGCACACCACCGCUUUGAGGGGCGGGCUGACAGGGGGUGUGCAAUCGUGCAAUCUAAUAUAUUCAAUAAAUUUAUAGAAUUAAUUUUUUGGUUGGGAAACAUUGUUGGAAAUAUGGAAGUUGUUGUUAUUUGGGUACGAUGUCAGUGUUGCGGUGUUGCUGGCGGUGAUUACAUGGAGAGACAACAGUGGGAGAAAAGUUUCUGUUUAAAUGCAAAAUAACUUUGUAUUUAAAUUUAAAUGUAACAAAAUUAAUCAAAAAAACUAGCAAUUAUUGAAAAUUAUAAGAACUUUGCAUGAAAUGUAAAAAAUGAGCGAUUACAGUAUUAAAUUAGGCGAUUGCGGUAAUGAAUUUUGUUGCGCGGUGUAAAUUUCAAAUGUAAUCAAUUUGUGUUUUAUUUAUUUGUAAUUCAUAU